AUGUACAAGGCAUUUAUGUUUGGAACACCAAGCAUAAUUGUCACAAAACCAGAAGUAUGCAAGAAAAUCUUGAUGGAUGAUGAAAACUUUGAAUUGGGAUGGCCUCAAUCAGUAUUGAAUCUAAUUGGAAAAAAAGCUCUCCAUGGAAUUACAAGCCAAGAACACAAGCGUCUUCGUCGAAUAACAACAUCUCCUAUAAAAGGCAAAUAUGCAUUGUGUGUGUACCUUGGUCUAAUUGAAGAAGUUGUGAAGAGUUCAUUUGAAAAAUGGAAUGCCAUUAAAGAAAAACCAAUUGAGUUUCUUACUGAAAUGAAGAAAUCUACAUUUGAAGUUAUAAUAAGAAUCAUGAUUGGUAGUGAGAUUGAUCCUCAAUGGUUAGAUAUGGUGGAAAAGGUGUACACAAUUUAUUUGCAAGGUUUUUUGGCUCUACCUAUCAAUCUCCCUGGAUUUGCUUAUCAUAGGGCAUUCAAGGUUAGAUCUAUGUCCUAA